AUGGAUUUGAGAAUGUGCGUCAAAAGUUUUUUGGACAAAACUGGUAGAAGUGUAUCUAGAUUUAAGGAGGAUAUUCCUGGAAUUGACUGGAACGGCUUAAAUGCUCUUCAUCUCGCUUCAAAAGACGGUCACGUAACCAUAGUCGAAGAGCUCCUCAAGCGAGGCGCUGUCGUCGAUGCUGCCACUAAAAAAGGUAACACCGCUCUACAUAUAGCUUCUUUGGCUGGCCAAGAGGAAGUCGUCAAGCUCCUAGUUCAACAUGGCGCUUCCGUCAAUGUACAAAGCCAAAAUGGCUUCACACCGUUGUAUAUGGCUGCCCAAGAGAACCACGACAACGUCGUCAAAUACUUAUUGGCCAACGGCGCGAAUCAAAGCCUGUCUACAGAGGAUGGAUUUACGCCAUUGGCCGUAGCUAUGCAACAAGGACACGACAAAGUUGUUACAGUUUUAUUAGAAAAUGACACCAGGGGCAAAAUCAGACUUCCAGCUUUACACAUAGCAGCCAAGAAAGAUGACGUCAAGGCAGCCAAACUGCUUUUAGAGAACGAACACAAUCCCGACGUUACAUCCAAAUCAGGCUUCACACCACUUCACAUCGCAUCACAUUACGGCAACCAACAGAUCGCCAACCUGUUAGUCCAAAAAGGGGCCGAUGUCAAUUACUCCGCCAAGCACAACAUCACCCCCCUCCACGUCGCCGCCAAAUGGGGCAAGAGCAAUAUGGUUGGUCUUCUUCUAGAACACGGAGCUACCAUAGAAGCUAAGACGAGAGAUGGUUUGACACCUCUCCAUUGCGCUGCUAGGAGUGGGCACGAGCAGGUCGUGGAUAUGUUGUUGGAGAGGGGAGCGCCAAUUAGUUCAAAAACAAAAAAUGGCUUGGCACCACUCCACAUGGCAGCCCAAGGUGACCACGUGGAUGCCGCACGUAUUCUUCUUUACCAUCGAGCACCAGUAGAUGAAGUUACGGUGGAUUAUCUCACCGCCCUCCACGUGGCAGCCCAUUGCGGACACGUGCGCGUAGCAAAGUUGCUUCUAGAUAGACAGGCCGAUGCCAAUGCGCGCGCGCUUAAUGGGUUUACACCAUUACAUAUAGCCUGCAAGAAAAAUCGGAUAAAAGUGGUGGAGUUACUGCUAAAACAUGGAGCAAGUAUUGGAGCCACAACAGAAAGUGGUCUUACACCUCUCCACGUAGCUAGUUUUAUGGGAUGUAUGAACAUCGUCAUAUACUUACUUCAACAUGACGCCAACCCUGACGUGCCUACCGUCAGAGGCGAAACACCACUCCACUUAGCUGCUAGAGCAAACCAAACUGACAUCAUUAGGAUUCUCCUAAGGAAUGGUGCGCAAGUGGAUGCUAGAGCUAGAGAACAACAAACACCUCUUCACAUUGCUUCUCGCUUAGGUAAUGUAGACAUCGUCAUGCUACUUCUUCAACAUGGUGCUAAAGUCGAUAACACUACCAAGGACAUGUACACAUCGCUUCAUAUAGCAGCAAAAGAAGGACAAGACGAGGUUGCUGGUGUUCUCCUAGAAAACGGCGCUUCCUUAGACGCAACCACCAAAAAAGGGUUCACUCCUCUUCACUUAGCUGCCAAAUACGGUCACCUUAAAGUUGCAAGGCUACUACUCCAAAAAGAAGCUCCAGUAGAUGCGCAGGGUAAAAAUGGAGUAACUCCUCUUCAUGUAGCCUCACAUUACGAUCACCAAAAUGUCGCCCUACUUCUUCUUGAUAAGGGUGCUUCUCCACAUGCUACUGCCAAGAAUGGUCACACUCCUUUGCACAUAGCAGCCAGAAAGAACCAAAUGGACAUAGCCAACACCCUUCUAGAGUAUGGAGCCAAACCUAAUGCAGAAAGUAAAGCUGGUUUUACACCAUUACAUCUCAGUGCUCAAGAAGGGCAUGCGGACAUGACAGCUUUGCUUUUAGAGCAUAAAGGAGACGCCAAUCAUGAAGCAAAGAACGGUUUAACACCCCUUCAUCUUUGCGCUCAAGAAGAUAGAGUACCAGUAGCCGAGGUGCUCGUCAAGAACGGUGCUGACGUCAACUGCGCUACCAAGGGCGGCUACACUCCACUCCACAUAGCCAGUCAUUACGGCCAAGUCAAUAUGGUUAGAUAUCUACUAAAGAAUGGUGCUAAUAUUAAAUCUACGACGUCUCUAGACUACACACCCCUUCAUCAAGCUGCGCAGCAGGGUCACGCUACCAUAGUCAACAUCUUGUUAGAACACAACGCAGAUCCAAAUGCAGUAACAACGAAUGGCCAAACGCCCUUGAACAUCGCCCAAAAACUGGGCUACAUUACUGUGAUCGAGACCCUAAAGGUUGUAACGACGGUUACCAACAUCACCACAACAACUACGACGAAUAUUGAAGAAAAGUACAAGGUGCAAGCCCCUGAACUCAUGCACGAGACGUUCAUGUCAGAUUCUGAAGAAGAGGGCGGUUUAGAUUUCCAAUGCGGAAAUCGUUUUCAAAAAAUUUUCCCGCAUAGCUUAACACUAAAAUUGCGUCAAAAAAUGACCAAAUGCUAUAUUUGGUCAGUGUUGUUACGUGACACCGAGACCUGGACUCUGAAGACUGAUACGAUCAAUCGCCUACAGGCGUUUGAGACGUGGUUGCAUAGAAGACUGCUCCGGAUAUCCUGGACAGCGAUGCAGGCCAACGAGGCUGUGUUAAAUAGAGCGAAUAUUGGUCCUGAGUACCUACCUGAAAACUAUUAA